AUGAGAAAUAACGUUCUUAUAUGGUUAACUGGAUGGAGCUUUUCCACAUUCAACUCAUUUCACCGGUGGGUGGCGCGGAUUGCAACUGUUGAGGCAGCUCUGCAUGGCAUCAGCUACACGGUCGAAGGAUUUUUGGAUGGAGGCAAAGCUGAAUACAUCGAAAAUUGGUCAGAACAGUAUUGGCGAAUGGGGGUUAUUGCUGUUAUUUCGAUGAGCUUCCUGUGUAUCUUCAGCAUUUAUCCAAUGAGGCGGUAUAAAUACGAAUUAUUUCUCUUGCUCCAUCUGGCAUUCGCUGUGCUCUGUAUUGGGACCCUAUGGUACCACGUUGCCAUUUUCGACGGUCAAUAUAACCCGUAUAUAUGGCCUUGUGUGGCAGUUUGGGUGCUAGACCGGGUCCUGCGCCUAUGUCGUCUUGGGCUUUUAAAUCUCUCCAAGCUCCAAGCCACCAUCAGAUAUAACAAAGACGCUGAUAUCAUCCAUCUGACAGUUCCAGUGCGUGGAAUUUCACGUCCUCGCGCCGGAUCAUAUUAUUUUCUAUAUUCCCUCAAUGGAUUGAAAUUUUGGGAAAGCCACCCAUUUACCCUGAUGUCGUGGAGCGAGGUAGGAGCCCAAAACACAAAACAGGCUGCCUUGGAACUCUCGUUUCUCGUGCGUCCGCAAGAUGGUUUCACGGCUCGACUCCGAGAUCAUGUAUCUCAAAAGUCAUGCAGCUAUAAUGAAUCGGGAACAUCGCAGGUAUCGAUUCGUAUGGCUGUAGAAGGACCCUACGGUCAUACCUUUGGGCUUUCCCACUACCAAAACGUCCUCAUGGUAGUAGGAGGCACUGGAGUCACUGUUGCUUUAUCGCAUCUUUGUAUGAUCCGUGAUAUUGCCGCUGCCAACAAGAAUCCUGCUUUUUCAAUCCGCCGUGUUCAACUGGAUUGGGUGGUGCGUGAUAGCUACAUGUUUGAAGAUAUCUAUGAGAAUGAAUUGUUGCCGCUGUGGUCUUCGCGGGUAUUUUCAGGGGACAUAGGACUUGAAAUCCACAUCUAUGUGGUCGAGGAUGGAAGUACCACACCAUUGUCCGCGACAGACAGGGAUACAAAAAUGAACAGAUUCUCGAGCAAAAUUAUAAGUGACGGGUGCAUGGACGAUACAGGAAAGACUAUGUCAAGUUCUGAUACCCAGUGUGACACUGGUUCUACGCCUAAAAUCACACUAUCUCGAGGGCGUCCGGCGGUUCAGAGACUUGUUCAGGAGCGCGCAGAGGAAUCGCAUGUCAACGAGCAGAAAAUGGCAGUGAUAUGCUGUGGGCCCGGGUCUAUGAUGGACGACGCGCGAGCUGGGGUGGUUUGCUCUAUGGUAAAUGGAUUCGACGAGAUCGAUUUUUUCCCUGAGUCAUUCCGCUGGUAA